AGGCCACCAUCGAUGGGAGCAUCUCACUAAUUUACUUUGUGGAGUGGAUCCUAUUAUAUAUUUUACGUAGUGAGUGCAAAAUCCAAAGAGUUCUCGGGAAAAUGCUGCGUUUUGGCGCUUUUUGCGUCCUAGCCAUUGGGCUUGUGUCUGCAGCGUCGGAGCCCAUGACGCUGGCACAGAAAAUGGAGCUUUUUACAUCCGUGUGCGUUCACGAGGCCCACGGAACCAUGCUGGCUGACCCCUUUGAUUGUACCUCCUUCAUCGUGUGCCACCACGGAAAGACAUCUGUUAAGAAGUGCGAAGGUGGACUUCGGUACGAUCCACGCUUGAGAGUGUGCAAUUGGCCCCAGCAAGUGCAGUGCGGAGAGAGUCCAAAUAUCCCACCAAAUAAUAAUACACCUAUUCGUUGCUACGGCUACGACAGUGUGUACUUCAUUGCGGAUACAUCUGAUUGCGAAAAAUACUACAUUUGUGCCAAUGGCAUUCCCUACCAGCACCAUUGUGCCCCAGGUGUCCAUUGGGAUUACAUAAAUAACCAGUGUGACUACCCCGGUAAGGCAUUCUGCUACGAAAAGGGAGACAAUAACAUCGAGGAAGAGCCUUUUGAGCCAGAAGAACCGGAAAUUGAGGAGGAAGAACCCCUACCAGAUUGCACGGGUGAUCAAAAGUUUUUCCCAUACCCAGAAGAUUGCUCCAAAUACUACAUCUGCAUCGGUGGUUCACCAUUUAUUAUGAGUUGCCCCAGCAACUAUCUCUGGAAUGCCCCACGCUUCCAGUGUGACCGACCCGAUUCAGCAAGAUGUGAAGCUAAAAAACGCAACUAACAAGUACAGAGUUUCUUGCUAUUGUAAAAUUAUUGUAUAAUAAUGCUUUUAAAGACAAACCGUAGAUGCUUUGAGUGCAGUAUAUAAGGGAAAACCCUUUUCAUAUAACUUUUUGCCCCACACUGUGGCUUCUGUAAUACUAAUUUGAGGGAAUUUUAAUUGAGCUAUUGAGAUGGUAAAAAAAAUCAAACAAUAAAAAUGGGUUUAACAACCAAA